UUGCUGUCGUAUUACUCCUUCGGCCCGGAAGCGAAUUUAUUUUUCAUUCCACCGAUCGCCGUGGGGUAUGGGAGUAUGUUGCUGGCUCCGCGGCAUUGUGGGGCCAUCACGUUUGUGGUUGCCUUCGCGUUCUUGCUCACAUGAUUUCUGGGCAGAGCAUAGCUCGCUUCUUAACCUCUGAACUGAGUCAAGGUGCUUAUCUGGCUUGUUUCUCUUCUUUCAGACAUAGUAUUGAAUUUCUAAGAGUAGCCACAAAUUUUGACCUGAUCACCAAAAUCUGUAGUUGGGCUUUGUUUUAAGAGAAGAAAUACCUAUUUUUAUAUUUGCUGAUUGCAAGGUUCUUCUGAAAGAUUCCUCAUUGUUUUACCGCUAUGGGCCACAACUUCCUCGUGGAAGAACUUCAAGAAAGAUACGAAGAUGUAAUUUAGUGCUCUUUGACAUUAUCAGAUGAAGUAGUGAGGAGAUUUUAGGAUAGGUACAGUGACGAGAGAGAGAGAGAGAGAGAGAGAGAGAGCGAGAGGGAUGCUCUGUAAAAACCUUCGGAACUCAGUAAAAUGAAAACUCAUUAAUUCAAAUGUUCAUGGAGGCAAUGGAGAUUGAGUUGCCGAAACUGGGUUUCAGGGGGGAAGUUGUGAUCGCAGUUUUACAUGUGCUUGGGAACUAAGAGACGUAUGAACAAAGAGAACAUUUUAAGGUGCAACGAAAAAUAUAGAGGGAAUCAUUAAUGGCAACGCUACUGACCGUCGAUGUGAUCUGCAGCCAUGUGAUGAUGUUGAGUGGUGAUGCCUGGAAGAAUGGAGGCAUCGAUACAACUGGUAAAAUCCCACUUCUGUGGUUCCUUCCCUUCUCGCGUGGUCUCAAAAGUCCUCAGGCAAGCUGCCAACAUUUUCUCAGAACUGAUCAUCCCACUUACCAGUACUCUUGAUGAGUACGGUGACCAACUCUCGAGGUCUAUGAUUUUAUUUUUGUUCAUUUUUCAUUGUUUAUGCUUGCCAGGGCCGUGAAUGGGGGCCCCGUAAUCCCCUGGUCACAGCACCGGAGUCACUAUUUCCAUGACCUAGAAACGAGCCCACCAGGUGCACUUAUGGUGUUGACGUUGAAAGUUAUAUCAGCAUCUAUGAGUUAUCAAGAUGGACUGGUAAAGAAGGAGGAUUUAAGAGUCUCUCAAAAGAAGAAUCGGCUCAAGGAGCUCCCGUCGCUCGUACAGUAUUUGGGUUACUGCCUUAAUUGUGGCACUCAUUUGGCUGGCCCCGUAUAUGAGAUCAGAGACUACAUAGACUGGACGGAAGACAAAGGACUCUGGAGCCGUGACUCCGCAAGGCCAUUGCCAUCACCUUAUGGUGCAGCCCUUAGAGCUUUAUUUCAAGCCGCCUUGUGCAUGGCUGUGUACAUGACCUUGCUUCCACGCAUCCCGCUUUCAAUGUUUGAUUCGCCCGAAUACCAAAAAUGGGGAUUUUGGCAUCGGCUUGGAUACAUGUAUUUGAGUGGGUUUACUGCUAGAUGGAAGUACUACUUUAUCUGGUCCAUUUCAGAGGUUGCUGUGAUUAUAUCUGGCCUUGGAUUCAGUGGGUGGGCAACUCCAGAUGAUGACAAGAAGGCGAAGCCAUUAUGGACACGGGCUAAAAAUGUGGACAUCAUGAAGGUGGAACUUGCCAAAAGUGGAGUGGAGCUGCCGAUGUGCUGGAACGUUUCUGUCAGCACAUGGCUUCGACAUUAUGUCUAUGAGAGAUUGGUGCCCAAAGGAGGGAAGGCUGGAUUUUGGCAGCUUUUGAUGACCCAAGUCGUGAGUGCCGUGUGGCAUGGGUUAUAUAUGGGUUACAUCCUCUACUUCGUCCACAGUGCGCUCAUGAUCUCUGGUUCAAGAGUGAUUUAUAAAUGGCAAUCAGCACUUCCUGAGAAUGCUAUCUGGGCUCGCCGACUUGGACAUCUCAUCAACGGUCUUUUUGGUGCACUUGUUAACAACUAUUCUUGUAUUGGUUUCUUGCUGUUAAGUUAUCAUGAGACGUUGCAAGCAUACAGCAGUGUACACUACGUUGGUACUGUUGUGCCUGUUGCAAUCAUAUUAUUUGACCUUGUUGUGAAGCCACCAAGAACAGGGAGUGCAAGAAAAACUAAGAAGGUUCAGUAAGCUUAUUGGUAGGGUACUUGCAUAUCUUUUUGACCACGUUUUUCAGGAGGGAUUCAGACAUCAAGUUGAAAUUUACAGAGGAAGUGUAUGUUGGCCCCACGUGUGCACAGGAUCUAGUGAACUUCGAAGGAUCUAGUGUUUGCAAUCUUGUAUCAUGGGGUUUACAAUCGAGCUUUUGAGUGUACCCUACAGCUUUGUCGAUCAUGAAAAUGCCUCUUUGGAAUGCACAAGAUUGACUUCAACAUA